AUGGCUGGCGGUGAUGGGAUGAUCGUCACCACUAGCGAACCUUUCGCCCCAUCCAUGGUCACAGCUGGAUAUGGCGCAUACAGACCGUUGGACCAUCUAAACGUCUCUCUUCAAUUCCUGUUACGCAACUUGAUCGCUCCGGCCCAUCCCGUCCGCCCGCCCGUCCAUCCGCCAGCCUUCUUUCUCUCCACCCAGGCUGUCGUGUCUCCCACUAUCCCAACCCGGGGCUAUGUCCUCCACUUGGCCGCCGUCCCACAGCUUAAUUCCAUCGCCGAUGUCGAAAAGCUCACCAACCAUGUGAAAACGUUCCUCGAAAAAUGUGACCAGCUUCAGGAAAGCCAGAAACAAGUCUUACAUGACUACUACGACCGUGACCACCUCAAGGACUUCUACGUUGCUUUCGAAGUCCUCGCCUCUCUGGCCAGGAGAUUAGCAAGCGCGCGUCUGCCACGGGGAGUCGUCGGAUUUAACGUGCACAUCAAACAAGCAUUUAUGCCAGUGAUACCGCAUGCCUCGACUCGCCAGGCCGGAAUCGAGUCCGCACUGCGAUUCACCGAAAUUCAGCUCAAGCAGGCAGUCAUUCAAGUGCGCAAUUUCCAAGAACAGAGCACCACGCAAAAGGACUACAUGUCCAACAUGUCCCGGAAGUAUCUCACCAAGAUGAAGAACAACGCUUCUCUGAUCGAGUAUGCAUCCGGAACGAAUGAGCUUGCCAAGGCUGACAUGGAGAUAGCGGUGCUGGGAAUGAAGUCGCCUGCCAAACACUCUCCGGCUCGCCAUGCCCGCAUCAUUGCCGAGGCUAUAUCCAAGUUUGACAUGAAUGUGAUGAAGCCGAAGACGAUGAUGAUCCAUUUGCCCUGGGUGAUCCUUCUCUGUUGGACAGGUUGGCGGGGCUUGAAAGGCUUUUGAAGUAGACUAGGCUGUAUUAGAAUGCUCGCUUAGAAUGGAUGGUUCAAUCAGAAAGCGAU